AUGCGCGCCCAAGUUCUCGAAACGUUCAAGCAACCAUACACGUUCCGAACGGAUAUCCUUCCCCCGCCGCCGCCGGAGGGCUACGAGAUGCUCGACCGCGUCCUCGCCGCUUCGUCCUGCCAUGUCGAUGCUGUCUUCGCGUCGGGCGCGAUGCAGCAACAUCUCCCGCGUGUAGGAUUGCACGAGUUUGCCGGGACGGUGGAAGCUAAGCUAUGGGCUCGGAAGCCGCCAAGGUCGCCAAAACCACAGGACUCGCUAGGGGCCAGCUGGGGCGACGAGCCCGGAUGCGGAGUCUGGUGUCCGCGCGCGGCGAAUCUCGGUCUGACUCGCGACGGCGGGUUCCAGGAGUAUUGUCUUGUGGACGUCCGGCAAGUAGCGCGGGUGCUGGAUAGUGAGGGAGCAAGAAUGCGCGCCGUCGAUGUCGCACCGCUCAUGUCAAUUGCAAUAAUUGAUGCGGCGGGCGGGCUCGGACAUCUGGGUGUCCAGUUCGCCGCGAAACUCGGGUGGGAUGUCACCGCCGUCGACACAACGCCUGCUCUGGUCGUGUUGAAGGACGUGGUUGCAGAACUGGGGGAUGACGGGCGGAAUGUCACGGUCGUUGAUGCCUUGAACGAGUCGGUCGAGAACAUAAAGAAGCGACCCUUUGGCGACGCCCCUCAAGGGUGCGAGGGCGAGAAGGCGUGCGAUGCAUCUCUCGUUCUGCCGGAUUCACAAUCUGCGUUUGAUUUCGGCAUGGGCGUCCUCAAAAGCCACGGUACAUGCGUCUGUGUCAGCUUUCCGAAGGAUGGGUGGCGGUUCAAGCCGGGCGGUCUGGUCUUUCGGCACAUCAAACUGCUGGGCGUUUUGACCGGGUGCAACGGUCAAUUGCAGGCCAUGGUGAACUUUGCCGUAGAGAACGGCGUCAGGGCCAAGGUCAGAACGUAUCCUUUGGAGAAGCUCAAUAACUUGGUCGAGGACUAUCAUCAUGGUGUGGGCGGAAAGGUGGUCGUCGAUAUGACAUUGGAGUCAUGA